UUGGCUCAGAGAGAGAAGAUCCGGGCUCGUGGCUCGUUUCACUUUUGGAGCCAUGGAUCUGGCCUUUGCAGUUGCGGGCCUCAACUCGCCGCCGGGCUUACGUGCCAAGCAGGCGACCUCUUCAACCCGCACAUCGCCGGCUUCGCUUCCGGUUUCGUCGCGGGCUCGCGGCCACUGGGCACCAGUGGCUGCGCUGGGCGGGCUCUUUGCGCUGAAGGCCGCCAAGCCGAGCCAGUCGAGAGGCUCGACACGGGUGCGUUUGGCCGCCGUACCCGCCGAGAAGCCGACGAAGACGACGCUCUUCACCAAGGCGGGUCCCGACGGAAGCUCCUUGGGGGAUUGCCCCUUCUCGCACUCCGUGCAGAUGGCCCUGAAGCUGAAAGGUGUGGACUACGACGUGGUGCCCUGCACGGCGGACAACAAGCCGGCCUGGCUGGUGAGCGAGGUCGAAGGCAAGAUGCCCUGCUUGGUGCACGGCGGUGUGGCGAAAGUGGAGUCUGCGGAGAUCCUCAAGUGGAUCGACCAGGAGUUCCCCGGACCCUCCCUGGCGGUGCCGGAAGAGUUUCACGAGGUCUUCUCCAAGUGCGGCCUCUUGGAAGCCAUCGCCGCGUACAACAAGAACACAAAUGAGGAAGCGGACAGCAGCCUCUUGGUGAACGUCCAGGUGGCCAUCUCACAGCUCCGGCUGCAUAUGUUCGACCUCCCCAUCGGGACCCCGUACAUGUGCGGCGACCAGCUUACGCUGCUGGACUGCCAAGUGCUGCCAGUGCUCUACAUCCUGCAGACCGUGACGGCAGAUCUGAAGAGGGAGGCAGCCCUGGAGCCCUGGAACUUGUCGGAGCUCCCGGAGAGCGACGAGAUCCGGGACUACUACACCCGCGCCUCCGCUCUGCCGGCCUUCACGCAGAGCUGCUACUCCCCGGAGGUGGGCAAGUGGGGCUGGAAGCAGGCCCAAAACGCUUGAGACUCCUGAGAGGUUGCUCGAGGCAACCAAUGCGGACAGGUGUUCGGGUUCCGGGCGCUUCGCGUUCGCCUCCGACCUAUCACUUUUUUGGAGCAUAUGGGUGCCGGAGGUUGGGACCAGUAAGCUAAACAGGUGGC